AAAGAACAGUACUACUCUGAGCAACACUCUUCCUUGAUUAACAAGGCCUACCAAACCCUCCUCAACCCUCUGAGCCGUGGCCUCUAUCUACUGGAGCUGCAUGGAGUAGAGCCGGCACAAGAGACGGACUGCGAUGCAGACCCAGUGUUUCUCACAGAAAUCAUGGAAAUUAAUGAGAAAUUAGCAGAGCCUAAGGAUGAGGAUAUCCUUCAUGAAAUCGAAAUUUCAAUUAAAGUUAAACAAGAGGAACUGACCAGAGAGGUGACUGCAGCUUUUGAAAGAGGUGAUCUUCAAGAAGCUAAGAAGCUUCUUGCCAAAAUGAAGUAUUUUGCCAACGUAGAGGAUAAACUAAAGAACAAGAAGAUCAGUUCCUGA